CCUUUUUUGUUCUAUUUAACAGUAUAGCAGACAAAACACACAUUUACGUUAACAUUUUUUGCACGUUUGUCGGAUGUUGAUGCAGUUUUGACACAGUGAAACAAAAUAAUUACUUUGUUUAACUUACAACACAGAAACACGCUGCAGAUAACUCCAUGCUCGUUUUCAUACUUAACUUUUUAUCGACAUAGCACUUAUUGUACAUUUGUUUUGAUUUCAGACGGGCCGUUGUUUAGCAGCUGUAAAUCAAAGUACAUUUUCGUAGAAAAUGCCACAGCUGAGCUCUCUUGUACAACCUGGGCUAAGCCUCAGCCAACGAUAAACUGGACUCGCGGAGCUCAGACAAGUGGCGUGAGUGGGACAAAUAAUAAUUAUACGUCUGUGGCCAUGUUCAACAAGAUCAGAAGGAUUGACUCUGGAGUCUACACUGUGACAGCUGGUAAUGGCGUUGGGAGAUUUGUACAGAGGACAGUCAAUGUCACUGUGUACUAUCCCCCGGAUAUAUCUGUGGUUCUGGUGUCAGGAGAAGAUGUCACGGAAGGAAACCCUCUACAGCUGGAAUGUCGUGCUGAAGCUGUUCCUCAAAACUACACCUACUCUGUCUGGAGUCGUACCAUUGAAGGCCGCCAUGUACCACUGGUAAAUAACAGUCCUGGGAAAUCCCUGUCCAUCAGUCAGGUGACGUUCAGAGAUCAGGGUGUAUACCGGUGUGGAGCCAGUAACGGGUUUGGAGGCUUUCAGUGGGGACAACUGGAGGUCAAGGUUCGCGCCCGGCCACAGUUUGUCAGACAGAUCAACCAACAAGCAGCAGCCCUCGGUGAAAAUAGCAAACUGAUGUUUAAGUUUGUGUCUUAUCCAGCCUAUGUGAACCUCAGGUGGUACAAACUUAUCAAUGGUACAGCUGAAAAACUAACCGUCUCUAACUCAACCGAGAGUAAAUACCGAAGUCGCGUGACGGAUGCUUACCACGAGUUUAUGUUUUACAACACCAGAGUCCUGCUUUCUGGUCACGUGGCGGAACUUGAAAUCUCUGACGUUAAACGUGAUGAUUUCGGGAAAUACAAAUUUGUUGCUAAAAAUGACGAGGGAUCUUCUGAGACCAUCAUGUCUUUUAACUUAAUAGAUCGUCCUUGUCCACCUACUCUAUCAACCACAUUUUGUGAAAACCGUAUAGCCAAUGUGACGUGGAUUACCUGUUUCGAUGGCGGUUCUACUCAGACGUUUAAACUCCAGUACAAAAAGAAGGGUGGCGAUUGGGUUGAAUUACCUGGUAACAUAACAGACCCGGGAGAGGAUAUGGCUGUGAGCGAGGUGGUGGAGGGUCUCGAGGAGAGGGGAGAAUACAUCUUCGGGGUGUAUGGUGUGAACAGGUGGAAUAAAAGUGACACGGUACAGACGAGUUGUACAGUUACAGUUUCUGAUGUACCUCCCGGUACCACUAGUGCCCUUGCCGGCCCCAUGGCAGGCGGCAUAUCUGGAGCUAUCGUUUUAAUGGGAGUUGCGCUUCUAGUUGUGGUCAUCUUCCGUAGGCGAAAGCAAGGUAGCCGGUCUUCAGGAGAAACAGAGCAGAUGAGACCGGAUGACACAAACGGUGUGCAAUCAACCAGACAUUAUGAAAACCUUCCAGGUAUUGGGUUUUUGGAAAACGAACAGUAA